CACGGCACGCACGGCACGAGCAUAUUCUCUCCGCGCAUGCCGACGGCGGGCGGCGGCGACCUUUUCCAAGGGGAGGUCGGGCCCCAUAGCGGAGCCUGACCCUCUCGAGAGCGACUCCCUCGGCGUCGCCAUCGACUCCGCGGAAGCGGGGGGCGUACGCUUACCCACUCCCCAACCCAACCAAAACCAAUGGUGCAGCCCCUCACGCUGGACCGGAGUUGGGGGGUGACGACGAGCCAGCCAGCCGCCGCCGGUUUGACCAGACCUGUGGUGAUCAGCUCGUAAGGUGGGGUGGAGCUUCCGGUUUAGAGAAUAAAGAGGGGUGCUCCGGGGUGGGCUGAGAGAGCGGAAGGAAGGAAGGAGGGAGCCGGCGAUGAGCGGGUGGAGCUGGCUCUGCUGUGGCCGAUCCAAAGCCGGAGGCAGCGAUGUCCGGCUCCCCGAGCCCUUCCAGCUGCCGGCGCCCUUGCCCGAUUGGCCGCAAGGAGGGGAUUUUGCUAAGGGCACAAUAUGCAUAGGAGAGCUUGAUGUUGUAAAUAUUACCAAAUUCCGCAAUAUAUGGACCUGCUCAGAUGCUACAUUUUAUGAGCCAGAAGGAAUUCCUGAUGGUUUCCACUGCCUUGGGCACUACGCCCAACAGAAUGACCGCCCCUUACAGGGAUUUCUUCUUGUGGCAAGGGAAGUGGCUAGCCACCAAGUUAUUAAUAGCAAGCCCGCCCUUGAGAAACCAUUAGAUUACUCCCUUGUUUGGACCAGUGCUGACUUAAAUGAAGAUGACAACAGCGAAUGUGGUUGCAUCUGGUUGCCAUGUCCACCGAAUGGGUAUAAAGCCCUUGGCUAUGUGGUUACUAAAGGACCAAAGAAGCCCUCACUGGAAGCAGUUCGAUGUGUGCGAGAUGACCUAACAGACACAUGUGACAAUUUCCGUUCAAUUGUAAAUAUGGAUAAUGCAUGCCAGAUUUGGAAGACAAGGCCUUGCCACCGAGGAGUGAGAGGGCACGGUAUACCGGUUGGUACUUUCUCCUGUGCAACUGAUUCAACAGAUAGCGAUGAAUCAAGCACUCCCUGCUUGAAAAAUGUUGACCCAAAUUUGAGAUCCAUGCCUAAUUUAGAGCAGAUCAAUGCUCUGAUCAAGCACUAUGGCCCAACUGUUUUCUUCCACCCACAAGAGACAUACUUACCAUCAUCAGUUUCUUGGUUCUUUGAGAAUGGAGCGACAUUGUACAAGAAAGAUGCAAAAAUGGGAGAUGCAAUACUCCCUGGUGGCUUGAACCUGCCUGUUGGUGGGACAAAUGAUGGUGAGUACUGGAUUGAUCUCCCUGACGAUGACAGGAAGGAGCUUGUCAGAGAUGGCAAUCUGAAGAGUGCUGAGCUAUAUGCUCAUGUGAAGCCAGCUUAUGGAGGGACCUUCACUGACAUUGCAAUGUGGGUAUUUUGCCCAUUCAACGGGCCUGCCACUAUCAAGGUUUCAUUUGCAAGUUUUGCUCUACAGAAAGUCGGUAGGCAUAUUGGAGAUUGGGAGCAUUUCACCCUCCGAGUGAGUAACUUCUCAGGUGAGCUGUCAUCUAUCUACUUCUCGCAGCACAGUGGGGGUGAAUGGGUUGAAGCUUGUGAUCUGGAGUUCAUCUCUGGGAACAAAGCAAUUGUUUACUCGUCGAGGAAUGGGCACGCAAGCUACCCCCACCCUGGCUGCUACCUGAUGGGGUCUGAGAAGCUUGGCGUCGGAGUUAGAAACGAUGUGGCCCGAAGUGAUUUAUCAGUGGAUUCGAGCACGCAGUAUAAAAUCAUCUCAGCAGGGCAUCUCGGAGAUGCUGUUGUGGAACCAUGCUGGCUGCAAUACAUGAGGGAGUGGGGACCCGCAGUCACGUACAGCUCACGUUCAGAGAUAGACACGGCGCUUAGCUUCUUGCCGUUCUUUCUCCGGUACACAGUGGAAGCAAUAUUCAACAGCCUUCCGGCGGAAUUGUACGAGGAGGAAGGUCCUACAGGACCCAAGGAGAAGAACAACUGGGAAGGCGAUGAGAGAUGCUAGGCUUUGUCGCCUUCAUUAUUUAUCCCAUUUACCUCUUAUCUGUACCCUAAAGCUGUAUUUGAUGAAAAGAUUGAUGUGCUAUGCUAUGAUAGAACAUUUGGUUUAGGAUAUGCUUGCCAAGCUUGAGGGUUCAGUGCACUUGUCAGGUUAAAUAUUGCACUGUUUAUUUAGCUGCAGUGGUGCAAGUGCAUGACAACUUGUCCUGUGCGUCUGCCAACCAAAUUGCGCUUGUAUAUUGUACCAGUCAUACUUUUUCUAGUGGAGUAUUUGGUAAGAGCCAGAUAUGUAGUUCAAAAUUAAUAACCUUGGGAGUUCCUCUCUUGCAGUAAAACAUUUGCAAAGCCUUUCUUA